AUGGCCGACAUUGGCACAGGGGGAUUUCUAGCUGUUGGUAAUAAAGCGCCAUGGGGACUUCCAGACAGUUGUUUUCGGCCUUCAUCGCAGGCCAAUGCUACUGGUUUAUUUAGCAUCCCGGCAUUCAAUCUGUCCUCAUCGAAUGAGUCUUUGGAGGGAGAUGGGCAUAAGUGGAACAUCGAGAUAUCGCUUCAGGCCAACAUUCCACUCAAUGGCUCUACUGACAAAAGCCUCAGCGCUGCUCAGAAAGAGGAGUUCACCCAGUUCGUCUCCAUGAGCCUCAAUAACGUAGAAAAAACAGAGGUUGAGAAGGUUGCGGGUGUGAACCGGGUGUGCGGCUACAUCUUCUCUGGUCUCAAUAUUAACGCGACAGCGGAUAACCAGGACGAUGCGAGCAAAGGCGGAAACUGUGGCUUUUUCUCACGGCAAUGCCGAGAAGACUUGCAGAGUGCGGUUCAGCAGCAAGCAACCGAUUGUGGUUCGGCUACUGUACCAGACUCUUGUCGCGACUGGCUCGGUCUGUCUCCGUCUGGGAACCAAGUCUUACAAGUGGUUUCGUUUGAGUUUAACGAGAAACUGCUCGCUGGUAGCCGCUUUUUCACCUUUGGCUUUCCGCCGGCAUCGGAGAAUAACGAAACAGAAUACGAUACUGCCGUUAGAAACAUCUGGCCAGUACUCUUCACGUGGAGCCACGCAUCCGGCACGUCAGACAAUAUCACCAUGGCCGCAUCAACACUACGCUGCCUGCGUCCCAGCAACGUUACCAGCGGCAGCCGAGAUCCCAAUGAGUCAAGCAAGGGAAGCAAUGGAGACAAAGGAAGUAGUGAUCACCCUGGUGCUGCUGGUACCAAUUCUGUGCCAACGCUUGCGGCGACGCUGCUGUUGACAGCUUUCGCUUCUUGUCUUAUAUUUUUGUAA